UGAUGUAAGGGAAGAGUUUGGACUGAUGUGGAACUGUUACGAAACUAGUCAUAUAUUUACUUUCGACUUGAAGUGUGACUGUGUAUGUAAGCAAUGUUUGGUUACAGUGUGAUUGAGACGCUGUGGCUGUUCCUAUUCAUUUCUGCAUCAAUUGUUAGUCCAGCGUCAUUUUCUGAAGUCACAGUGAUAACCGAUCCAAAAUUCAUCACACCUAUUACCAAUGUAACGGCAGCUGUAGGACGUGAAGCAACCUUAACAUGUGUAGUGCAUGAUCUAGGUGCUUAUAAGGUCGCAUGGUUACGGGUGGACACGCAGACAAUUCUCACCAUCCAAAAUCAUGUCAUUACGAAGAACAAACGAAUUGGCAUUACAUAUACGGAGAAAAAAACUUGGCAACUGCGAAUCAAGGACAUUCGUGAAACAGAUCGAGGAUGGUACAUGUGCCAAAUCAAUACGGAUCCAAUGAAAAGCCAGAUGGGAUAUCUGGAUGUUGUAGUACCACCAGACAUUCUGGACUAUCCAACGAGCACUGAUAUGGUCGUACGGGAGGGCAGCAACGUGACGUUACGAUGUGCUGCCGUUGGAUCGCCUGCCCCAGCAAUCGUGUGGCGCCGUGAGGCUGGCGAUAACAUUUCACUGCAGGACGGUGAACAAGUAUCGUCCGUCGAAGGCCCAACGUUUACAAUACCAAAGGUGAACAGAUUGCAUAUGGGAGCGUAUUUAUGUAUUGCUUCCAACGGAGUUCCCCCAUCUGUCAGCAAACGGGUAAUGUUGAUAGUGCACUUUCCACCAAUGAUAUGGGUUCCCAAUCAGCUGGUCGGAGCGGUUGAAGGUCAGCGAAUGACUCUCGAGUGUCACUCGGAAGCAUACCCCAAGUCAAUUAACUACUGGACCCGCGAAAAGGGUGAUAUUGUGCCGCAAGGUGGCAAGUACGAGCCGGUUCUGAUAGACAACGCGUACAAAGUGGUGAUGAAGCUGAGCAUCAAGGUUGUGAGCCAGGCCGAUUUUGGUGCCUACAAAUGUAUCGCCAAAAAUUCCCUAGGGGAAACGGAUGGAACCAUCAAACUAUACAAGCUACCAAAAAGUGCAAUCAACUCAGUGGAAGCUGUUGAUGGCAAGCGAAGAAAUAAAUCACGGAAAGGAAGUAAUUUCUACGAAUCCAAUGAUUUUAUAGAUGAAGAUUUGGACAGUAACAGCAAGAGAAAAGAUUUGAUAAUAAGCGGUAAUCGCAAUGACGACAGCUAUGAAAUAUCAACAACGGGAGUGAAUGGAGCCAUUUGUUUCGAAGUUUUUUCACAUUACAGGAUGUAUAUAAUUGUAGUGCUAGCUGUUGCAGUUAUUAUUUUGGAACUUGGAACAAUAUGA